AUGGCGGUCAUCAAUCAACCAAAUAGUCAGAUUAGACUAACAAAUGUGUCGCUAGUGCGUAUGAAGAAAGGCAAAAAGCGGUUUGAAAUUGCUUGCUACCAGAAUAAAGUACAGGACUGGAGGCUGAAAAUUGAGAAAGACUUGGAUGAAGUGCUCCAGAUUCCACAAGUUUUCAUCAAUGUCUCCAAAGGACAAGUUGCCAACAAUGAUGACUUGAUGAAGGCAUUUGGCACGACUGACCAAGAUGAGAUUGUGCUUGAAAUCCUCAAUAAAGGUGAGAUUCAACUAAAUGAAAAGGAAAGAAAUGCAAACUUGCAACAGAAACAGAAUGAGUUUUUAACUAUCAUCUCGACAAAGUGUAUAAACCCCAGGUCAAAGAAACGGUAUCCUCCAACAAUGAUAGAGAAGGCUUUAAACGAGAUCAAAUUCCACCUCAACCCUACAAAGACUACCAAAACCCAGGCAUUAGAGGCAAUCAAGGCGUUAGUGGAAAAACAAAUUAUUCCCAUUGCGAGGGCGCAAAUGAAAGUGAAAAUAAACUUGACCAAAAAGGCAUAUCAAAAGGCAUAUGAAAACGAUAUAAAACCUGCAAUUGACCAUUUAGAGGAGUUGGAGAAUGAUGGCAAAAUGUAUGAAAUUGUGGGUAUAAUCGAUCCCAUGAACUAUAGAGUAUUGGUGAAUUUAUUUGAGGAGAAGGAGUUAAAGAACGAGGGAUCCGUAGAAGUUUUGGAUAUGUCAGCUGUUAAGGAGACUUAG